AUGCUCUCAUGGGUCCAAAAACGUGACACUUCUGAGAACAGAACCAGGCUAGAGACCCCACUGCAGGGCCCCAAGCAACGCUGCUGGUUCGUGUGGGACCCCCUGGGCAUCAUAUUUGCCAUGGCCACGUGGGCGCUGGUGCUGAGCGCUGCAUGGAUACUGGUCCGGGACCUGCUCAUACCAUCUAACAACAUAUUCUACGCCACCGCCAACGGUGUGGUCUUCCAUUUGCUAGCCUCCCUGGCACUCGUAUCACACCUAAAGUCUAUGCUGACUGAUCCAGGCUCUGUGCCCCUGGGAAACCCACCCGGGCCUGACACAGUGUUGUACUGUCCCCUCUGCCUCUCUGCUAUACCAGAGAAUGCUGACCACUGCACAGUGUGCAGACGCUGCAUUCGCAAGAAUGACCAUCACUGCCCUUGGGUCAACAACUGCGUGGGUGAGGACAACCAGAAAUACUUCUUGCUCUUCACUCUGUACAUUUGGCUUAUCUCAACCCAUGUGCUGCUGCUGCUGAGCAUCCCUGUGCUGCGCAGCCACGCCCAGGGAGAGCAGAAUGCCAGCAGCACCGUAUAUCCACCUAAGCCCAUCUUCUUUCUCUUGCUAGUGGCUUUGAUGGGCUUCAUCCUUGCCUUGGUGAUGUUCUGCAGCCAGAUGUGUGCCAUCUACAGAGACAAAACCACAAUUGAGAUGCUGUACCAGAACAAGCACUCUCGGGGAAGGCGGUCCAUGUGGGCUAAUAUGAAGGCCAUUUGCGGUCCCCGAGUCUCCCUAACCUGGCUCAGUCCUUUUCAUGCCCCAGAACGUUACAAAGUGAGUGAGAACCACGGUAUGGCCUAA